CUUAUGUUCCUCAGAUGUGCCGCUAGCACUCACUGAACAACACAGACGAAGUGGAGUUGAAGCUCAGAGCAGCAGCUCACAAGUGCUCCUUUUCUUCUCCUCCGUGACCUUUAUCUUCUCUCCUCUGACCUUCAUCUUUUCCUCAAAUACAUAAACACGAUGAGCACAUUCGACUGCAGACAAACCGGACCAACCCUGUGGUGAAAGCCAGUGAAUAAUUGCUGGCCUCCAGGCAUGUGAGGCGCUGUGAGAUUGGAGGUGUCUGGGUGAAAGAUGACUUUACUGGCUGGCGAUGGCUCAGACUAUGACUACAGUGCCUUAAGCUGCAUCUCGGACACCUCACUGAACCCACCACCCAUCCAGGAAAGAGAAGCCCUUAAGGGUGUUUAUUACAAACGAGCCCGGUGUCUUGCCAAGGAUCCUGAUUCGGAUGCCAGCUUCUUGCCUGGCACCCAUCGCUUGCAUGCCAUCAUCAAUGUGGGUGGCCUGCGCUACCAGUUGCCAUGGAGCACCCUGGAUGACUUCCCGCUGUCACGGCUAGGCCGUUUGCGUCUGUGUACAAGCUUUGACGAGAUCAUGUGUGUGUGCGACGAUUACGAUGUAGCGCACAAUGAGUUCUUCUUUGACCGAAGCCCGUGUGCUUUCAGAGCCAUCUUGACAUUCCUGCGUGCCGGCAAGCUGCGUGCUUUGAGGGACACUUGUGCUCUGUCCUUCCAGGAAGAACUGCUGUACUGGGGUGUCCCAGAGGAAAAGCUGGAGUGGUGCUGCAGAAGACGUCUGAUUCAGCGCAUAGAGGAGCGUGAUGAGCUUGAGAGGGUGGCAGAGGAAGAUGAAGAAGUGGAAGAUGAUGAAAGUGACAGAGGUGGUAGGGAGGGAGCAAUGGAUAGAGAAUCUCGACUUGGCCACUGCAUGGUCAAGCUAAGGGACAUGGUGGAAAGGCCUCACUCAGGUCUCCCUGGAAAGAUCUUCGCUUGCCUCUCAGUGCUCUUUGUCACCAUUACAGCCAUUAAUCUAUCCAUAAGCACCAUGCCUGCCAUGAGAGAGGAGGAAGAAGCUGGUAAAUGCUCCCAGAUGUGCUACAACAUCUUCAUCGUUGAGACAGUGUGUGUGGCGUGGUUUUCUCUGGAGUUCACACUGCGCUUCAUUCAGGACCGCAGCAAGCUGGCCUUCCUCCGUCGCCCGCUCAAUCUGAUUGACGUGGUGGCCAUCUUACCCUACUACAUCACUCUGGCUGUGGACGGCACUUCCACAGGCUCGGGCAACAGCUAUCUGGACAAAGUCGGGCUUGUUUUGCGCGUCCUUCGGGCUCUGCGCAUCCUGUACGUGAUGCGUUUGGCGCGUCAUUCGCUUGGCCUUCAGACGCUUGGCCUUACCGCACGCCGCUGCACGCGCGAGUUCGGCCUGCUCCUACUGUUCCUGUGCGUGGCAAUCGCACUCUUUUCCCCUCUCCUGUACCUCAUCGAGAACGAGGUGACCGCCACGCAGGAAUUCAGUAGCAUCCCAGCCACGUACUGGUGGGCCGUGAUCACAAUGACGACAGUAGGCUACGGUGAUAUGGUGCCACGCAGCAUACCUGGCCAGGUGGUGGCGCUCAGCAGCAUCCUGAGCGGCAUCCUACUGAUGGCUUUCCCCGUGACAUCCAUCUUCCACACAUUCUCUCGGUCCUACGUGGAGCUGAAGCAGGAGCAGCAGCGCCUCCAUCAGCGGCGGACUCACUUCCUCCUGCGCGGGCGCGUUCCUGGUCUCGGCAGUAAUGCGUCACUAGACAGUGACGUUCUGUUUCCCAGCGCCUCGUCUGAUCUGAGAGACCUAGAUGACUGAAAUAUCACAAAUGACACAGAUGACACAAAUAAGAAUAAAACAAAUGGAGUGAAUAAGGACAUGUCCGGUUCAGACACAUUCAGCAGUCUGAAUUAGGUCGUCACUCUUAAAAAUGAGCUCCAGAGGGCUCAGUAUUUAAGAAGUCAGCCUUUAACAGACACAGGGUGAAUUCAGGUAUAUCAGAUGAAUAACAUCUUCAAGUGAUGGUUUCCUGCUUCUGUAUUUUCUUUCUAUAUGCUGAACAUAAAAGAAGUAGUGGUAUGGGUACUUAUUACCUAUAGUUUACAUAAAGUUUCCCAGCAACAUGUGAUUUCAUUGCUUAUACCAAUCUUAACUUAAACAGUUUCUAAUUAAUAAAUUGAAUUAUCUAGAAUGAGUAAAUCAUGUAUCUUUAGUGUAAGCCAAUUACAUUAGAAUCUGGGGAUGUGGUAGCCUAGUGUUUAAGGUGUUGGACUUCUGACCAGAAGGUCAUGAGUUUGAAUCCCAGGUCCACUAAACUGCCACUGCUGGGCCCCUGAGCACAGACCUUAACCCUAAGUUGUAUAAAUUGAAGUAAAAUGUAAGUCAUUUAAAUGUACAGUAAGUGUGUAAGGGUGUCUGCUAAAUGCUGUAAAUGUAGAAUCUCGCUAGACUGUUGGCACUGAUGGGAAUUUUAAGUACAGCGGUACAGCAGCUCGAGUAGAAUGGCCAUGACCCUUAACAUGGAACAAAUGUUAGCAUUUGAAUGAGUUCAAUUAAAUAAACUUUCAGUGUAUGAAUUUGGAAAAAAUAAAAUCAAAGAUAUACCAAACCCUGCUAAUAUGCACUAUAUGGCUAAAAGUAUGUGGACACCUGACUGUAAAAGUAAUACUUCAUUAAACAUUUUCCACACAAUUGUCUAGAAUGGCUUUGUAUGCUGUAGCUAUAAUAUUCCCUCUUACUUGUGCUAAGCCUCAAAACGUCUCAGUAUGACAAUGCCCUUAAGCACAACUGUAAAGACAUGGUUGGCCAAAGUUGGUGUGGAAGUACAUGAGUGUUCUGAAUAGAGCCCUGACCUCAACUCUGCUAAUGGCCUUUAAGAUAAACUGGAAUGCACCCCAGACCUCCAUACUCACCGUCACUCUCACCUCAUUCAUGCUCUUGUGCUCACUCCAAAACACCAAGAUCUAGAGAAAAGACUUCCACGUAGAGUAGAGGUUAUACAGUAAUAACAGCAAAGGUGGGACUAAUCUGGAAUGGGAUGUUCAUAAAGCACAUAUGAGUGUCAGUGUCAGGGUUCCACAAAAAUGUAGGCCAUAUAGUGUAUGUGUCCCAAAUGAUCAAACAUGUCAUCAAAAUGAUUCUCAGUCACUCCUAACAAAAUGCUAAGCCAUACUUCUUAGAAUAUGAUAGAACUAUUUUUCCAUCACGUUUUAUUAAUGGUUCAAAGCGGUGGUAAAUCAAUAAACUGUAUAACAUAUCUGCAUUCACCCUUUUAAAAUGUGUUACAUUACAUUGUUCUUCUUUUUAACCAUCAUGAUACCCAUGAUAUGAAAACACAGAAGAGGAUCCCAUGUUUAAGAAAUUAAGCAAACUAUUUAUUCCUUAAAAGGUUAGAACCUGUAUUCUAGUAUAUCAUAUGUAUGUAUUUAUUCCUCAUAAUAUUUCUGAAUACUGCCAAUCUUACAGCACAAGUUUGAAUCAAAAGAAAGUUAAUGUCCUAUACUAUAGGCUAUUUAAGCACAAUGCCCAUAAGCUACAGUAAACACAUUAAACAAAUCAAGACCAUACCAUCCAAAAGUUUCCAAAAUGAAUUAAGAAGUCACAUUUUGUAUAAUGACUUGAGGAGUGAUUCCCUACGUGGAGUAACAAAUGAAUAAAUUUGUUUUGAUUUGUGUUGGUGCAGAUUUACUCUUUACAUACAACUUCUCAAGGGUACAAGAUACAUGUAGCUUUGAUUAUGCUUUUGAUACUUAAUUGUUCCUCUGGAUUGUUAUUGCAUGAUUUAUGGUCAUAGUGAACACCAGAGGGCAGCAUAAUAUCCAGGUUGAUGCAAUUGUUGUUACAGUGAAAGGUUUAAGGAUUAUGAGAGAAAGUAAAACAAUUACACCAGCUUUUGAAUAUUUGAACCUGGUAAAUAUAAUGUUUCUUCAUACAUUAUAGAAUCCUGUGAAAAAAUAAGCAGAAGACAACAUUUUCUUUAACAUUGGUCCAAUUCUUUUUAAUUAAAGGAAAUUCAAUAAAACAGCAGAAUUUCAAUCUUUUGUAUUUUAAAUUUUAAAGUAUUUUUAGCAGUUAAGUAUAUUACACGUGCACUUAGAAAAGGAAAUUGAAAUAUAUAGCAAUAGAAAUAUAUCUACCUGUGAAUCAUAGACCUGAACAUGAAGAAAAUGUCAGAGAUUUCAGAAAACUUAUAUAAGCCAAAGCAACAACUUCAUAUUUCAGCAGACAAUGGAGCAGCUGUUCUUUUUCCUGUGGCAACCAGCCUGGCCUGCAUUUCACCUCAUUUGACCUAACAUUCAUUGAUCAGUGGUAUGAGAACGUGUGACAUCUGUUGAUAGGGAAAUAUCUGUGGAGCGUAUGUGCCACUGGGAGAGAUUAGAGAUAAAACAAUACCGCUUUUCAAAUGCUCUUGUCAAGUUGUGUUCACCUAAAAAAAUCUGUUUACCAGCCCUCUCACCCCUACCCACCUACCUACACUUUCUGACACCCAUUCUCUAUCACAGUACCUGACAUAUAAUGUACUGUAUACACCAGUACACUUGGGCAGAAUCUGCUAUGCUGCCUAGUCAUUAAAUAAAGGUUAUUGAAAAGUGAUGCAAGACAUAAUUUGUUCUGCGUAUGAUUCCUGUAACAAAGCUAAUGAUUCUAAGAAUAGCCAGUCCACAUUUUUUUUAAUUAAUUUUAUUACAGUGGUG